AUUCCAUAAUUGACCGAUCAUAUCUUCCCUCCAGGUGGGCGGGCUUUGUUUUCACUAACUUUUUGACAAGUUCAGCUUGCCGUAGUGCGCACCUGGUUUCGGAUUCACAGACCAGUUAUCAAAGUAGCUUUUACACACGAUACAAGCUGCAAGUAACCUGCAAAAUUUGAUUAGACAUGAAGAGUUGGACAUAAUCUGCAAAUGGAGACCUGCUGCUGAGCUUACUUUGGUGCUGAAAGGAGGACAUUUGAGUGACUUUUGAGUGACAUUUGAUCUCUCGCAAUCAGUGGAGACACCUGUGGAUGACAAUCUUAGCCACUAGUCAGGGUCAUGACUAUCACAGCAGUCAUUGUUCAAGAGACGGGCUACACCCUGGGGCUUUCCACACCGCGCUGUGUGCCGAGAGCGGCUUGGCUUUCCCUCUCCCUCCCUGCGCUCCUCUGAACGGAGACACCAGACGCGCAGCGCGGCAGCAGACAGGGCGCACAGAGCGUCUGUUCCUCUCAUUCCUUAUCUCGCAGGGGAUCGUACACCUUUCAUCCCGGGAGAAGCGGCAAGUUGAACAGCCAUCACCGCAUCCGCCUGCAACUUAUCAAGACGAAGGCGUUUGUUUCCGCCGUCUGGUUUCCAAGAAGUCGGAGAGGAGCCAAAGAGCAAGGAGAAAGACUGAUGUCUGAUGGCAUGGUAAAGACAACCUGAAGGACCCAAGAGCCAUCAUUCGCACAGAGUGGCAGCAAGGUCAUCUGGCUGAGGGAUGGUUUGCCCGAUGAGUCACUGAUGGUGUUGUCAUGAUGACCCACGAAGUAUCUCGGGACCUUUGAAAGAAUGAACUUUCUGGACUGCCGGGUUGUUCUUGAGAGAAAAGCCAUCAAAGAUCAAAGAAAGCUCCAACAGUAAAAUAAGUUGACCUUUUCUCAGUUCAAGGAUUGUGCUUCAGGAGGCAAAACUCGUCAUGAAUGUUCAAGAAGGAGGACUACAAAAGAGAUUUCUUUUAAGAGAGAGCCCAGCAGAAUAAUUUUUGGACAACUUAAUUAUCACCAGAAAUCUGCAUUGACCAUUGGAUGAAAUCAGACGCAGUUAAAAUGGAUGGAAACCAUCGCCACCACUUGGUGUGUUCUUCAACGCCAAUGCAUUACAUUUUCCUCCUGGUGUCUCCGUUGAUCACUGAGCCAGUCGAGUAAACUCUUCUGCUUCUUUUGUUGCCUUGGAAUAUCAAAGUUAUUUUUGACUUUGUUUGUUUCACUUCUUGAGGUCAUACUUUGAAAAAUAUCAGAAACUCUACAAAGCGAGUCAGGUAUUCUGAAAAAUCAGCAUGACCAACGAUGUUACAACACCAACAGGUGCUCCACAGGUGGUAGGAAUCCAAUAUGCUCCGUGACCUGCUCUGUAUUCAGCAGAUAACUUCAGAUUAUUCCUGAACCCAUGGAUUAACUUUGAAGUUCUCACACAAGGACCUUUUCAGUUUCCCCUGGUGGAGUUUUAUUUGUUUGAAAACUACAACAGAAGAACUCUUCCUGUCUGCAUGAAACUUUUAUCUUACAUGUAGACCCAGGUUGGAUUUGUUUGCUUUUAUUUUCCUAUUCUUUUUUUUUUUCAUAAAUAAAGAUGGCUCCUUUUUGGACAGCUGGAGCUUGCAGACUAUUGGCAGCACUGGGUCUCCUUAGCUGUUGUAGUUUUGGUUGGUGUGAGGUCUCAAGGACUAGUGGCUCGGUCUCAGGAGGGAGUAGACAGGACAUAGAACCCUCAUCACUGGAAAGAGUAAAGAGAGGAUGGGUGUGGAACCAGUUUUUUGUGGUGGAGGAGUACACAGGAACAGAGCCGCUGUACGUUGGAAAGAUCCAUACAGACUCUGAUGAAGGGGAAGGCACCAUCAAGUACACUAUCUCUGGAGAAGGUGCGGGCUCCAUAUUCAUCAUUGAUGAACUAACAGGAGACAUCCACGCCACCGAGAGAUUAGACCGGGAAGAGAAGGCCUUUUACACACUCCGCGCACAGGCCAGAGAACGGCUGUCCGACGACCCACUGGAGCCAGAGUCAGAGUUUGUCAUCAAAGUUCAGGACAUCAACGACAGCGAGCCAAAGUUCUUGGAGGGGCCCUACAUCGGGAGUGUGGCGGAGCUGUCCCCCAUAGGAACAUCUGUUAUGAAGGUCACUGCAUCAGACGCUGAUGACCCUACAUAUGGCAGCAGCGCCAGAGUGGUGUACAGCGUGCUGGAUGGAGAAAAGUUUUUCACUGUUGACAGACACACAGGUAUUAUCAUGACGGCGGUGGCGGAUUUGGACCGUGAGACGCAGGAUCGUUAUGAGUUAGUUGUCAAGGCAACAGACAUGGCAGGACAACUGGGCGGUCUCUCAGGCUCCACCACGGUGACCAUAGUGAUCACGGACGUUAAUGACAACCCGCCGCGUUUCCCACAGAAAAUGUACCAGUUUUCCGUGUCAGAGGGGGCUUCUGUUGGGACACCGGUUGGACGUGUAAUUGCCGCGGAUGCAGACAUGGGCGACAACACAGACAUGAGCUAUCUGAUCAAAGAGGGAGGGGAACUCUUCAAGGUCACUACAGAUGUGGAGACACAGGAGGCUGUAGUCGCCAUCAAAAAGACUCUGGACUUUGAGAGCAAGCGCACACACAAUGUGGUGGUGGAGGCAGUGAACAAACACGUCGACCCUCGCUUUGUGGAUCUGGGCUCCUUCCGGGACCAGACCAUAGUUCGGGUCAGCGUGUCGGAUAUAGACGAGCCACCUAUCUUUCUUCCAGCAGAGGGCGCGAUCAUGGAAGUGCAGGAGGAUGCUAAAGUAGGAGCGCUGGUUGGCAUUGUCACUGCCAGGGAUCCAGAUGUGAAGAAUAAACCCGUCAGGUUCUCCAUCGAUCGGUCCACGGACCAGGAGAUGAUCUUUUACAUUGACCCGGAUUCAGGUGCCAUCACCCUGGGCAAGAUUUUGGACCGAGAGACUGCAGGCUGGCACAAUAUCACUGUGAAGGCUGUGGAAGCAGAUAACCACACCAUGGCGUCCCACUCAGCUGUGAGCAUUCGGAUUCUGGAUGUCAAUGACAAUCCCCCUGAACUGGCCACACCAUACGAGGCCUCGAUAUGUGAAGAUGCCAAACCAGGACAGCUGAUUCACACCAUCAGCGUUGUGGAUCGAGACGAGCCGCAAACAGGACAUCGCUUUUACUUCACCCUGGCCCCGGAGGCUUCUAGCAAUCGACACUUCACCUUGUGGGAUGUCAAAGACAACACAGCUGGCAUCCGGACCCAGAGGUCAGGCUUCAACCGCCACGAGCAGAAUGUGUACUUCCUGCCCAUCCUGGUGGUUGACAGUGGGCCUCCCUCCCUCAGCUCCACAGGCACCUUGACCAUUCAUGUCUGCGGCUGCGACACAGAGGGAGCCAUCCAGUCCUGCAACGCCACAGCCUACGUAAUGAGUGCUGCUCUCAGCCCCGGGGCCCUUAUAGCACUACUGGUCUGCAUGCUCAUCCUUAUAGUCCUUGUCUUACUCAUCCUGACCCUGAAACGCCACAGGAAGGGCCAGAGGAUGGCGGAGGACGAGGAGGACAUGAGGGAUAACGUCAUCAAGUACAACGACGAGGGCGGAGGGGAGCAGGACACUCAGGCGUAUGACAUGAGCGCGCUGAGGAACCUCUAUGACUUCCCUGAGGCCAAGAGCUGUGACUCUGGCCCGGACAUCCGCUCCCUGCCACAGUGGAUACAGGCUAACCGAGUGGGCGGCAGCGGCGGUGCGGAGGGGGCUGCAGCAGCGGCCGCCGCAGCUGCAGACUUCUCUCUUUUCAAAGGUUACAUCCGGAAGAAGGUGGAGCAGGCCGACGCCGACCUGUCUGUGCCGCCGUAUGACUCCUUCCAGACGUACGCCUUUGAAGGCAACAGUUCACCAGCACUGUCACUCAGCUCCAUCCACACGCUGUCCACCACCUCAGAGCAGGAUUUCUCCUACCUCAACGACUGGGGGCCACGUUUCAGGCAACUGGCGGGCUACUAUGCUCCAGGAAAGCCUGAGGAGGAAGGGUCCUAGCACAGCUCCUGCUCUGCAAAGAGACGUUUAAAACUCCCUUAUCUUCCUCCUUCUUUUUUCUCUGCCUCCUUUUGUCCCUCUCUUGCACAUCAGAGCAGGCACUGUGUACUCCUUUAGGACAGAGCACCAACUCUUCAAAGUGAAAAAAGUCACAGUGACAAACUUCGAACUGAAGUUUUUUUACAGCGUUUGAUUCUCGGGAGAGUUUUUGGACAUUACCAUGAAAGCUCCGGGGAUGAGAAAGAGAAAAGACUGAGAUAUGCGGUCGCCAAAAUUGCCAUUUAGUGUGCAGGACUAGGACCAUGAAUGAGAACCUUUAUUUCAAGCUAUGGGACUUUUUCAUAGUUUAGAGUAUAAGCAGUACGCAGGUAAGGUUAAAUCAUGCCAAGGCAAACUGACUGACAAACACUUAUUUAUUGAAAAAGGAGGAAAUAUUUAUGUAUUUAUUGUUUUUACGUAUUUAUUUAUUUAUUUGGAUCAUAAUCAUUAUGGCAACUGUACAGGUGAUUCUGCUGAAGCGGACACUACAAAAAGAAACAAGGGAUGACGCAGAAAGGGAAAGACUGCAGAGGACCGUACUGGUGCAGAGGUGACAUCUGGGUCAUAUAAAAACUACACUCUGGAAAAUAUUUGUAUUUAUUUUCUAUGACCACUUUUGUAAAAUAAUCAAGUUUAAGACGGAGAGAUGAAAGGCAGAGGAAAAUGGAAAGGGGAGAGCAGAGCAGCAGAAGAAAAGAGCUGCCAGGUCAGUCUGAACGGUUCACACUGACAUACUUUUGCUGUAUUUUGCUGAUUUAUAAAAGAGGUUUUUCGAGGUCACAAACUGAGGACAAUUGUGUGUGAACGGUUUCUUUUCUUAUCCUCUCCACAGCCAAUUGUAAGGCAAUAAGGCACAAACCGCAACAGUGAUUUAAGACAAACAAAAUGACUGUUUUAUGGAAUUGGCUGGUGGCCAACAUUAUCCCGCAGGGAGCCAAUUUUCAUUCCAGAGUUGUGUGUGAAUGUGUACGAUACGUUCAACUCAUUUUAUAUCCGGAGAUGUUUGAAUUUGCUUUUGAUAUUUUAAGGUUUUUUUGGGGUAAAGGGAGGGGAUGGUUGUGUCUUUAUAAGAGGGAGAAGGUUAAGGGUUAAACAUGUUGAAUGGACUGGUCACAUACACCUGAUAUCCACAACCUCUUCAAUGUCGACCUUAACUUGCAAAUGUAUGGAACAUUUAAAAAAAGAUCAAAUAAA